AUGCUGAUCGGGUCGACUACACAUUAUCGAAUCAAUUCUUCUGAUAGUGAAGAGGAGUAUCGAAGUCUGCUACCUUCUGGCGGACAUCUAGUUCAUAUAGGGAAGGAGAAGUAUACCGUUACCUUAUUCCACCAGCUGAAAUGUCUAGACGUCAUUCGUCAAGAAUACCUCAAUGAUGCCUCACAACCCAUAUCAUCCCUCACUCGACAUUGCAUGAAUUAUCUGCGACAAAGUCUUCUGUGCAAUUUGAAUACCGGUCUGGAGAAUGCGAAGAACUCGGCAGCGACUGCUUCAAGGACUUAUAAUACUCUUUGCUUCGAUUGGACCCAAGUCUAUUCGGAAGCGGAACAAAACUUCAAGGCUCAUUCAAAGCAUGUGAUCUGGGAAAUAGUAUAUUUUAGGCCACGGUACAAUGUCGGGUGA